UGACUCUACGCGUCUCUCUCCCCGGAGGUGACUCGCGCGGCUGCCGAUAGAGAGGGUAGGUGGUCUGGUGGUUCAUGUUUUAGAAACAUCACUUUAGUACUAUUGGAGCAGAUAUUCUACUAAAGGAAUCCCAGCGAAGGUGUCUGCGAGUCGUCAACAGCAUCCAUUGGUCUCUCGGCGCUUUUCAUUGCAAAAAGUCAAUCGACUUCGGAUCUGAAGCUGCGAUCCACGCCAACUACUGGGACAACCGCUGCGCAAACAAACGACCCUGGAUACGAUGGAUACUGAGAAGACGACGAAGAAAGGCGGUCAGUCCCGCAGGUCUGGCAAAGGGACACAAGCGAGUAAAAGUAGUGCUCGAACAGAGCAGCACCAAGAGCCGACAACAGCUGGUCCAUCGAAGCGCUCGUCGCAUAAGAAGCAAAGCGAUCAGUCCAGUGUACCGCCGGGUACUUAAUGAGUUAAUGUGCAUUCCGUGUGGGGGAAGCCUACGUCAACUGGCUUCUCUGAUGUAUUCUGACUUAGAUAAAAAUGUAAAGUGAAGCUUCGAAAUAUAACAGCUGGUACUGCCAGCUUAUCAGAGGCUGUCAAAAAGGCGUGGCGAGCUGCAAGUGUCUCUCCAAAAGACAACACCUGAUGGACCCGCAGACGUAGUGAAGAUCCCCGCAGGCGACAAACGCUGCCUUGGAGGGACUUUUCCAAAAACGAGUGCAUCUGUGCACAAAGUACCGGUCCAACUCUAGUCGAUGCCUUUAAAUGAUGUGGUGUAAUACUGUCAAGCUUUUGACGCCCUGCUACAUAGUGCGACGUGGCUGACAUACAACACACAUGAAGAGUAACGACCAACAGGCAACAAGAACAAAUCACGUAGCAUAUGCCCCUAAGUUA